GAUCGCGUUUUGACUUUUGUAUUUUUGACGAGAGAGUUGAAGAAAAAGUGCGUUUGAAAUUGUUUUAAUUGUUAGAAGGGUUCCACACUCGACUAAUAUUGCGAUCGUAGGUAGACAAUUAUUCGAAUUUAUUACCAGAUCGCUGCCAUGUUUUAGUGAAAGGAUGGGAGUGUUGUGUUUGUAAUAUUUCCCAGGCCUGCGUGUUUUUUCGUUUUCCCUGUAUGACCCGUUUUCUUGCCACCUACAUAUCGGUACAAGUUACAUUUUUUGAAUUCAAUUUUCUUUUGAAUGAUCCAGUCACACGUCGAAUUUUAGUAAAAGCAGCUUAACCCACCUCAACUCAGGGGGAGCAUUCCGGUCUAUGGGAUCUGACGUUUUUCGGCUGAGACUGACGAGCUGAUUGUUGGUAACUGUAGAUUAUCUGAACAACUUUUAACGCCAUGCCUGCCAAGGACAUCUUCUAUUCGGACAAGUACUGCGACGACAAAUAUGAGUACAGGCACGUGCUGCUGCCGAAGGACCUGGUGGAGCUGGUGCCCAAGACGCACCUGAUGACGGAGACCGAGUGGCGCAGCAUCGGCGUCCAGCAGAGCCGCGGCUGGGUCCACUACAUGAUCCACGAGCCCGAGCCCCACAUUCUGCUGUUCAAGCGGGCGCUGCCCAAAACGGAAAAGAUGGAGGUGAGCGACAAGUAGCCAGCCUCCCGGCGACUGCCUUUACCCUUACUGUCUCAAGUUCCAUCCAGUGCGCGGCCCGGUCCGUGCCCACACAGACACACCGUCCCAUGCAGCGCGCGGCCGUGCCGUACCGCGGCCUCUCCAAUGUGAUACGGGGCGCGGUGGGACGCCACGCAAUGUCCGGCCGCGGCCUGCGUGGACCGGGCGCGGCUGGGCCCGGCCCGGCCCGGCACCCCGCCGGCCGUCACCUCACUGUUCCAUCAUCAGCUCUCCUCUUAUCAGCCUUCUGACUCUGUCCGUGCUGGGACCACGCUCAAUGGAGGUGUUACGCCGUCGCUCGUGUUAUUGUUCUAUCAGCGCUGCUCUUGCGAUUCUGUCUCGUUCGGGCGGUUUUUACGGGGUUCCGUCGGGAGGGUUAGGGGUGCCCUGGAGCCGUCGAGUCUCGUCAGUCUGUGCAGAUUUUACACUCAUUAGUGAUAUGAGGUGGUUCACGUUGUAUUAAAGGGCAAAAUAUAUGUUGAUGUGUA